GUUGACCGCCAGCCGACACACUGUUCAUAAGACGCACGCACAAUGGCGUCCUCCGACCUGAUAGUGAACGUAAAUAAUUUAGAGAAAAUAGAGAAUUUUCUCAAUGAUUCGACGUACAAAGAGAUUAUCGAAAACAGUGAAACGUUCAACACCCGGCUAUGUCUGGAACGGAGGCUUCGGAUGCCGUUUCUCGACCCACAGACGGGCGUCGCUCAGAAUCACUGCGCGUUGUUUAUGCACAGCCGUCACCGGAUCCCGGGCCUGAAGAAUGGACAAGUGUACAGCUACCCAGCGGCCCGCUGGCGUAAGUCCCGCCGGCAGUAUUUGCUGCAAAAGCCGCACCCACCCUUCCCGGCGUACACGCACCGUCCGUUCGGGCAUCUUCAACCGGCGCCGCCGCCCUCCAUCCUGCCCGGCGGCGGUAUCGGUGGGGAUCGUGGAGGAGGCGGUGGUGGUGGUGGUGGAAGCACAUACGACUCAGAAAACUCCAACCUGGACCAAUCGAGCGCCGUUGAUGCGGCGGAUCUGAAGGAGCAUGAGUCGGACAAGGCGGGCAAGGAUUGGUAUUACGACGAGAUGGAAAUGCACGACAUGGAAUCGUUCGAGGACCACGAUCUGCCGGAUUCGGACUGUGACUAUGAGGAGAGCUUCAGCCAGCGGAAGAAAAAGAGCAAGGGAGCGCGGAGUGGUGGGGGCGGAGGCGGAGGUGGGUCUGGCGGUGGGCGCAGCAAGUCCGGCGGUUCCUCGCUGUCGGACGCGAACAAUCGUCGCGGUGGCAGAGGUGGCGGACGGGGCCGAGGACGCAAAUCGCAAGGUAUUGGGGGCGAGUUGGGUCCUAGCUUCAAAGAUAUGGUGGAAACACCGAAAAAGAACCGUGUUCAAACACUACCGAACCUCACACCCCAAUCGAACAGCUCAUCCCCACUGACCCUACCCGGAGGAGGCGCAGGAGGAGGUGGAUCUGAAGAGCUCCCGAUGCCGGAGCUGGUGCCGGAAGUAAAAGCCGAGGGUAGCGGUGACCCAACGGACGGAGGACCACCGAAGCUGGGCAACGGUCGUCCUGGCCCGGCCGCAAACCAUUCCACCGGACUCGGGGCGAGCAACGCCGCUGCAGGCGGGCCAAUGGCUGCCCUUGCCGGUACGGUGGCGUCGGCCGGUGGCGCUCCAGCAUCUUCGAUCGUCGGCCCAACAAUCGGUCCGGGCCCGAUUGGCGGUCCUGGUGGUGGUGUUGGUGCAGCUGCAGCCGCUGCUGGUGGUGGUGGAGGCGGCGGUGGCGCGGUUGAGAAAAGCCGUGCUGUUCCCUCGCCCUACUGUGACUUCUGUCUGGGCGACGCAAGGGAAAACAAGAAAACGUUCGAGCCGGAAGAGCUGGUGUCCUGCUCGGACUGUGGCCGGUCGGGGCAUCCGUCCUGUCUGCAGUUCACGGCGAACAUGAUUAUCUCGGUGCGAAAGUAUCGGUGGCAGUGCAUCGAGUGCAAGUACUGCACCAUCUGCGGCACAUCCGACAACGAUGAUCAGCUGCUGUUCUGCGACGACUGUGACCGUGGCUAUCACAUGUACUGCCUGUCACCGCCGCUCGUUUCCCCGCCCGAGGGAUCCUGGAGCUGCAAGCUGUGCAAGGAGGAGUUUCACAAGCCCAAGUAAGCAAUAGUUUGAUUCGGAACGCAUGACAUUUACUGCGGUUCUCUCGAAACACUGGUAAAAAGGGUAAGACAGCGAGAUAGGAGCAAUGCCGAUAAGUUAAGGCCCUUCCUCUUUGGCAUGUAAGGUCAGUAGCGAGGUAUUAAGUAGACAGUACGGAAACGACAAUUUUAGUAUUAGGUGCGAAGACACACAAGCAAUUGUACUAUGACUUCGAUACCGACACCGAUCAUCGGAUCGCAAAUCGAUAUUAACUCUCUCACUAGAUAACUAUUGCUCACUCUCGGAAACAGAAUGUUUAGAAGCGCAGCGCGUACGAAUAUGCGAUAACAUCAUUUUAAAUAUGCAAUUUUUGUACCUUAUCUACUUGCACACACACAUACACGUACCCCCCUUGUUUAAUUGUGCCGAUUUGUAUUUUGUGUCACCCUAGAUCUGUUUUGUGUAUGUGUUUGUUUGUUUUUAGACCAUUCUAAGUCCGCGUUUGACACAGAUAAGGAAACCCGAGUAUGCAUUUCUGCUAAUUUUAUUCUUUACCGAUUAAGAACAGUACUUAAGCUAGCGCAAUAAGAGCAUUAUUGAUUAGUGUGAACGCGAAACACGGGACAAAACGGCGUAGCGCACAACAUCUCUGACCGUGGGUACGUACACCACACCACGCACAGACAAUUUGUCCGCCACAAUAAUCUCUCCCUUUCUUUCUCACUACCUCUCUCUCUGUAUUUCUCUCUACUUCAGCAUUACAUUUAACUUUGUUUUAUAAAAUGCCGCUAACGCGCCUGCAAUCAAUCAAUCCCACACGAAAUGAAAGCUUUUUUUUAAAACAAACUAUAAUCGCUACCCCUUAUGAUGGUCAUAGUAAAAUCGCGCAAUACUAACUACUACUACAACAACAACAAAACACGACAAAAUACUACUAUUCGAUAUCUUAUGCAGCUCUCAAUGCGUACAAUAAUAUCAGCGUUUUAAUUUA